AUGAAUGUCUCGAACAUCGACUACGAGGUGCAUCACCUUCUGCUCGGUAAUGGAAGCGGCAGCGGUAGUGGAGGCGUUGGCAGCAGCAGCGGCAGCACUGGUGGCGCCACCUUUGGGGAAGAGUCGGCGAUAGGAAGUAAUCUUACCGCGCGGAUAGUUGGCACCAACGAAAGUAUCCUAACGAUCGUUUCCUGCUACGAUGACUACCUGCCCAACGAGGUGCUGGUGGAGUUCGAGUUCUGGAUCAGUGGUGUGGUGAUGAAUGUGAUCGCACUAAUCGGUAUCCUGGGAAAUAUCUUCUCGAUGGUGAUCCUGUCACGGCCGCAGAUGCGCUCCAGCAUUAACUACCUGCUGAUUGGGUUGGCCCGCUGCGAUACAGUGCUGAUCCUGACCUCGGUACUCAUCUUCGGGCUGUGUGCGAUCUAUCCACAUACGGGUUACCUGUACUACUACCAUUAUCAGAUCUUUCCGAAGAUUUCACUGGUCGUCUAUCCGCUGGCGAUGAUCGCCCAAACAGCUAGCGUGUAUCUAACGCUCACGGUCACACUCGAACGCUACGUGGCCGUUUGUCAUCCGCUGCGGGCCCGCGCCCUCUGCACGUAUGGCAGGGCCCGACUCUACGUGGUGGGUAUACUGAUCUUUUCGAUCCUGUACAAUCUGCCCCGGUUUUGGGAGGUGACACUCAUCUCGUCCACCCACCCGGACACGGGACUCGUCAUUUACUGCGUGAAAGCGUCCGACAUGCGUACGAACGAAACGUACAUCAAGGUGUACAUACACUGGCUGUACAUGAUCUUCGUGUACUUUCUACCGUUCAGCUUGAUCUCGUUUUUCAACCUGAUGAUCUACCGGCAGGUGCGGCGGGCAAACAAGGAACGGCAGCGACUGUCCCGGUCGGAGAAGCGCGAGAUCGGUCUCGCCACCAUGCUGAUCUGCGUGGUGAUCGUGUUUCUGCUCUGCAAUCUGCCCGCCAUGAUGAUCAAUAUCGUCGAGGCGUUCUACAGCGUGAUCAUCGAGUACAUGGUGAAGGUGUCCAACCUGCUCGUCACCAUCAACUCGAGCGUGAACUUCUUCAUCUACGUCAUCUUCGGCGAGAAGUUUAAGCGCAUCUUCCUGUUGCUUUUUUGCAAACCCCGCGGCCGCCAAUCACCGGAUGACGGUCUUAUCCAUGACGACAGCUCCUUCUCGAACGGAGACGCCAGCAACCGCAACUCGGGCCGAUUCCAGCGGGUCGGCACUACGCGCAGCACCUCGACCAAGCUAAGCAACUGCAGCAUGCGCACGAUACGGACAACGGUCCGGAGCACACGGGCACCGUCACCCGGGCCGAUCGUGUAUUACCCGGCGCGUGAAACACUGCCCCGGAUCACCCAGCCCCCGACGAUCACGCGCAGCAGCUCGAUGUUCCCGGACUGGAGCACCCGGGGGGAGAACGGUACCAACGGGGGAAUCAUGAUGGCGUCGUCCGGCUUCUAG